AUGAUUAUAUUUAUAUUUUUGUAUAUCGCACACAGUCUAAUUGUGUUUGCAGUUUCCAACAUACCUACAAUAGUGGGACCAGAUAUUUACGAAUUAAAUUCAGAAUUAGCCCUGUUAAAAUCUUUAAUAGUUACAUCAGAUCCCGAGUCAUUUGAAUACAAAAAGGCAAUCAUUUCAUACAAUAAAUUGUCACUAGAUAAACAAAUAAAAUAUACAGAAUCCGAUUCUAUCGUUAUAUCUACUUCCCGCCACUUCUACAACUACAGGCACGCCGGAAACGUCUUUUCUAUUGUUUCUAUAUUGCGACAUCAUGGAGGGCAUUCGAUUAAUCAAAGUCAAAUAAUUCUCCCUGAUGAUCACAUUUGUUGUCCAAUAAAUUGUUUACCAGGAAAAUUAUAUAUUGAAAGUGACAUAAAUGAUAAUGUCACCGGGGAUUUGGAUAAUGUGAAUGUUUUAAACGGCAAUUUGAACAGAUAUGGUACAAUCAUCAAUUACAGACGCGACAAUCUUGAUAAAAAUAAACUUCGCUACAUAAUCACCCAAAGAUACCCACCUUUUUACCCAAGAAUUGCCCGUUCGCCCUUCAGAACAAAUGUGUUUUGGGCUGGUGUAAUACCAAAACCCAACCUCCUUUUCUAUAUUACGGGCCAUGGUGGAGAUAGAUACAUGCAAAUAAACCACAGAGAGUUUGUUUUGUCGCAGGAAGUUAACGUUUUUUUUUCGGAUAUAAACAUCAAAAACGUAUACUCCCGCUUCCUACUCCUAGUAGACACUUGCCAAUCAUCCACCUUUGUAUCUAAUAUAGACAAUAGAAUACCCAUGGGCUGGAUUACCUCAUCAAUAUAUGGCCAAAGUAGCUUCAGUUUGCACAACAACCCCAAGUUAGCUGUGACAAAUGUGGAUCAGUUUACAUAUUACCUUUCGCACUACCUCAAGGAUAUUUGUGGCGCAGUUAAAGAUGGAGUUGCUAGAGCGGCUAUUUCACGACUAUCCACAUCCUCAAUUAAGAGAUAUCUCGCCCGGAGUUUCAUCACCUCAACUGUAGUCUCUAAAAAUCUAACUGGAUUAUAUAUGUCAAAUGACCCUCACUAUAAGCCAAAUUCUCAGUCAUCCAACGCCAACGAUAACGCAAAUGAUACUGAGAAAAUGAAUUUGUACCUGGGCCAAUUCGUAUUUAACUACCGCACGGUCUAUGGCAAUUCACAUAUUCUCCCUCUUCACUACAAAUGGGAACGCGAUUUGGAGCCAAAUGAACAUGUGAGACAUUAUAAUUUGAACAAUAUUAAGGCUGAACUAUUUAAGGAACUCCAGUGUUUGUCGGACGAAAUACUUAAGGACAUCGAAGUUAAGAAUGCAUUGGGACAUUCAAAUGAGUCUAUGGAAGUGGGAAUUCAUGCGGGGGAUGACUAUCGCAACCAAUACACUAGCACUUUUGGUCACUUGGAUAAAUCAAUUAAUUACACGAAUUAUGUGAUCUACCCAUUGAGGUGCCGUAAUAAGCUUUGGUACUACAAAAUCAAACCGCGGCCUGAAAUCAAGAAAUAUCACCCGUCCUAUUCAUUGCUGGGCCAAUACUACUCGUUUCCAGAUCAGAAAUACCUCAGUACUAUUGGAACUACUAUAUAUACUGAUUACACAAAUUUGAGUGACAAAAAUUACUUGGAAAGAGCACCUUUGUAUCUAACACUGCUCAUUUACCUUAGCAUAGCAUGCAAUUUGGCGUUGUAUUACCAGCCCUCAAUUUACAGCUAA